AUGGCGGACCUGCGAACGCUUGUCGGUAUUGAUGUGGAGCAUAACUCGGUUAGGCGGCACAAACACCGACGCCGUGUUGAUAGAUGGAGACACAGCCUCGCCGGCACGGAAGAGAGCAUUCUAGCCAGCCGCAAGACACCCAUCACGCGGCAUGUUGGUGGUAGCAUUGCUCUUGCUCUGCACAAGGUCUUGGAUCAGUGGACUGACACUGCCCGUCAGAGAAUUAUUGAUAGUUUAAUCAGGAUCAACAUUGGCACAACGAAACAACAGCAAUUCUUGAAGGCAGUCAUUGAGCGUGACUCGGAAAACUAUCUCGUGUUGCUCUGUUGUGUCUCUGUGGACCAUAUACUCGCGAACUACCGGGCUUUGGGGAAGCUCGGUUCAAAAUCGGAUAUUAAUCUGAAGGUUAGGCAAUGGAAAACUCAUCGCACCAUUGAUGAAGCCCUAGCUAAGGUGUCUUCAGAGACAUGGACGCUCUCAGAAACGGAUUUCUUCUUUCUCUCGGAAGGAUGCGGCAUUCUGGGGUGCGGAGGUGGUGGUGACCCAUAUCCGAGCUUUCUUUCUGCCCUGUCUUUGCUUCAACAAGGGGAGCCUAUUUACGUUGUAGUUCCGACGAGCAUUCCCGCCGGGGCUGCUGUGCCAGCAGUUGGGUUCAUGGGCUCACCUAAUAUAUUAUCAGAGCGUUUUCCAUCUGGACGGGAACUCAAAAACUCGGCGCAAUCAGUUAUGCACUAUCAUGGCGAGGCCAGUAAGGCCCUCUUUGGUGUGAUUUCCCUUGAGAUUGGAGGAUCGAAUGGGUCAAGUUAUAUGCUACCAAAUAUCUAUAAUAGUCCGCGGGAUUCAAGCUGCCGCAUGGACACGCCCGUCAUUGACGCAAAUCUCAUGGGUCGUGCUUAUCCUAACCUUUGGCAAACAACUCUUACGCGGGCUGGAAUUCCAAUGACGCCGUGCGCAGUGUCUGAUGCCAAGGGAGAACAGGAUAACACGUUAGCCACUGUCCCCGAUCUGAUUACUGUCCUUGACAGUCAAACCGGCAGUGCGGUAGGAACGCAGAAUUAUCUAUAUGGACUACACGUUUUUAUCAUCGCCUUGGUGGCCUCGCCUCAAUGGUCUGAUGAAGACGAACUCAAGGUUGGCGGACCAGCUGCAUUCCAGACUAUUACACCUGUCAACGGGCUAGAUGACGAAGGGUCUAAAGUCCAAGAAGCCGCUGGAGUUACUUGGUGGCCAACUUUCAUGAUUUACCAAGACGGGCAGGAAAAGUGGCAUGCCAAAGUUCCUAACCCUCCGGACCAGCAUUCUAUUUCCGCGCUGGCAAAUGCAUUAGAGACGGUGAAAGUGAAAGCUGAAAAGACCCAUGGCACAUAA